AUGGUGAAGGACGACGAAGAGAUGACGGACGAGUUCGAGGAGCGGGUGCUCAACGAGGAGUACAAGACGUGGAAGAAAAACUCCGCGUUCCUGUACGACUUGGUGAUCUCCCAUGCACUGGAAUGGCCAUCGUUGACAGUGGAAUGGUUUCCGGACCUCUUGUGCCAGGACAACAACGUCUCAAAGCAGCGUCUGCUCCUUGGCACGCACACCUCUGGAGAUGAGCAGAAUUAUGUACUGGUGGUAGAAGUGUCCCUACCCUUGGAGGACACAGAACUCGGGGCACGACCAGAUGAAGACGACAAGAAGGGGGUUGGUGGAUUCGGGAUGGCCCCAGGCAAGGUGCAGCCAGUCCAACAACUAAAUCACGAUGGUGAAGUCAACAGGGCACGCUACAUGCCACAGAACUCCUUCAUGAUCGCCACGAAAACAGUCCAUUCGGAUGUCUAUGUCUUUGACUACUCCAGACAUCCAUCCAAGCCGCCUCCUGGAGGGGAGUGCAGGCCUGACCUGCGUUUGACGGGGCAUGAGAGUGAGGGCUAUGGGUUGGCAUGGAGUCCCUUCAGGCAGGGGACCCUCAUAAGCGGGUCAGAUGACAGGAAGAUAUGCCUGUGGGACAUAAAUGCUGUAACUCAAGGAAAUCGGAGACUCCCAGCCAAGACAAUCUACAGCAGACAUGAGAAUGUAGUUGAGGAUGUUGCCUGGCACAUGCGCAACGAGAACAUGUUUGGCUCUGUGGGCGAUGACAAGAUGGUGUUUGUGUGGGACACACGGGUGGCCCCGGAUGAAGGUCCUCGUUUCACCAGUCGGGCUCACGAUGCUGAGGUCAAUUGCAUCGCCUUCAACCCUCUGAACGAGUGGCUGGUUGCCACAGGCUCAACGGAUCGAAUGGUAAUCCUCCAUGACCUCCGGAAGAUGGGGCCGAAGAUGCAUUCGCUUAUUGGCCAUUCGCAUGAUGUGUUUGCGGUGAAUUGGAAUCCUAAGGAAGCGGGGGUCUUGGCGUCCUGUGGAGCAGAUCGACGACUGCUGGUGUGGGAUUUGGGAAAGAGUGGAAACCCACAGACACCAGAAGAGAAAGAGGAGGGCGUUCCUGAGCUCCUCUUCAUUCAUGGAGGCCACACUGCGAAGGUGUCAGACUUUGCAUGGAAUCACAACAACGACUGGGUGAUCUCAUCUGUGGCGGAGGACAACAUCCUGCAGAUCUGGCAGAUGGCUGAGGAGAUUCGAACGUAG